AUGAGCGUAGAGGCGAACGAGCUUCUCGAUGCCUUCAAGGCCGCCGCUCUGUCGGUAACGAAGCUGUAUAAGACUUCAGCUCAGGCCCAGGCCAAGUCGCGAGCAGACGGGUACCAGGACUGCUUAGAAGACUUGCUCUCCUUCCUGGACAGCGUGGGCUCGCAGACCGACGCGGGCCUCCAAAGAAUCCGGAAAUGGGCGACGGACCGGUUAGAGGGGCGAGACGCCACAUCCCCACCAAUUGAGAGUGACGACGAAGCAGAAAGAUCCGAUGCUCAAGUUUCUUCACCACGACUGCAACGUGCCGUCCCCGCCUCGGUGCAACGGCUAAGGGACAUUGUGGAAGAAGAAGCGUCCGCGAGAGAAUCAUCAGCACCUCCCAUCCUCACCACGACCGUACCGGCUCCACCUAGUCCCGUGGUGGAGGAAGUGGAGAUCGCCGUCCCCUCCCAAGAUGCCUUCAACUUCCAAGCAUCCUAUCCUUAUCCCCACGACGAAGCGUUGCGGCUUGCCAACCUCAACCUAUCCGACUCUCAAACAAUCAGCGCUUCCAACACCCGGGCGACGCCACGGAAUGGUAGGAACCGGAAUGGGCGGGCAGGAGGGAGGACUUCGCUGGGGAGAGGGGCCGGGCAGAAACGAAAGGUCAACCUAGCCGAGAUUUUCGACCUCGGCAGUUUGGAACACGGGAACGGCAAGGACAUGUUUGGCGGAGGCAAGCGUAGCCGCUUUGCAUGA